CUGCUGAUCCCGAGAGUGUCCGGCAGUGAUGGCAAUGCGGCGGUCCGUCAGUACAUCACUGACACGAUGCGAGCGCUGGAUUGGGAACUGGAUUUCGAUGAGUUCACGGAUCAGACGCCUUAUGGCCACAAGUCCUUCACGAAUAUCAUCGCAACGCUGAACCCGAAGGCAUGCAAACGACUGGUCCUGUCGUGUCAUUACGACUCGAAACUGUCGGCCAGUGGCAUCUUCGUGGGCGCCACCGACUCAGCCGUUCCCUGCGCUAUGAUCUUACAAAUUGCCAAAAGUCUGGACACAUAUCUUAAAGCUCACAGACAUUCGUCUUCGAGCGACACAACACUUCAGUUGAUAUUCUUCGACGGCGAGGAAGCGUUCGUCAACUGGAGUGAAGAGGACUCUCUGUACGGCUCCAGACAUUUGGCGCACUCGUGGAAUAGGAAGCGAUUCAUGACUACCGACGAGGAGAACCGUCUUUGCGGCCAUUUGUCUGAAAUGGAGUCAGAGAUCGAUCGCAUGGAAGCCAUGGUUCUGUUGGAUCUGUUGGGCGCAGAGGAUCCCAACUUUUACAGCCAUUUCUCGGACACUCAUCCCCUGUACUCAAGAAUCGUGAAAAUCGAGCAAAAGCUCAAUAAACUAAAUCUUAUGGAAUCCAAGACUAAGUACUUCCAUAACUCCAAGUCGUGGUUCGGUGGCAUCGAAGACGAUCACAUACCGUUCCUUAACAAAGGAGUCCCUAUACUGCACGUCAUUCCCACGCCAUUCCCAGAGGUAUGGCAUAAAGACAGCGACAAUCGCCAGAAUAUUCACAGUCCCACCACUAAUAACUUGCUGAAGAUAUUCAAGAUAUUUGUCGUGCAAUACCUGCAUCUAGAUAUCGAUCUGCACCACAGCGACAAACUCUGAUGUUUUUAAAUAGUUUAUUAAAUAUCGAUCAGAAUAUUCUGCAAUGAUG